UCAUAGAGAACUCAACAAGGCUGGAACGAGGUGCUAAUCGCCCCCUCGAGUGAUCCAAGCAUCAAAUACACCAUGCCCACUUCGGACCAAAAUUCAGACUCCCCCCCGCAAUUGCAUCACACGUCUUCGCGCUGGACGCGUGUUCUUUCGCCAACUCCGACAGCAUCAUCGACCCUCCUCGGACUUGCAUCUCCUCGGUUCUUUUCGCUCCCUGUGGGGACGCGUAUAGAGGUAUCCAGAGCGUCCAUGAAUCAAGCACGGGGUAUUGGGAAACUUAUCAAUACCAAAGGCGGAGGAUGCGCACUUGUCAUCGACUAUGGUGCAGACAAAGCUUUUAGCGAUUCCUUGAGGGUAUGAAUUCAGACACAUGCACCGAAUUCUGAUCAAUAACCAUUCACAGGCCUUCAAACAGCAUAAAAUCGUCGAUAUCUUCUGCAGUCCCGGAGAGUGCGAUGUUACGACGAAUGUCGAUUUUGCGUUGCUGAAAGAGUCUAUGGCUGACCUUGGUACGUCUCAUGAUGGUGCUCUGCUACACGAUUGUGGUUAUUCAAGAUGUACAGUUUCGAUACAUGGUCCCAUCUCUCAACGCAACUUCUUCACGCGCAUGGGCAUAGAAAUCAGGGCCGCUGCUCUUGUGCGUUCGGCUUCCUCUCUAGAGAGGAAAAAGGCGAUCGAAGAUGGCGCAAGUAGGCUCAUCGAUCCCCUUGGGAUGGGCGAGCAGUACAAGGUGCUCGGAGCUGUUGCAAAGGGUAGGGCAGAAGAAGGUCGGGAUGGUAGUGAGGUUUGGCCAUUCACUGUCAUCCAAGAUAGUGCACAACAAUCCAUUUAAUUGUCACAUAGGUAUAUAACACGAGUACAUAGUACAAUUACAUGAUA